GCUCAACAUUUUCGCUCGCCCGGCGGGGCUCGAGUACACCAAGAGGCCGAUCUUCGUCGAGCAAUGGCCGUUCUAACGAGCCAAAUUUCUUCCUGCACCUUGCCGUUCCCUGACUGAUCCUGCCCCCCCACCCCCCUUCUCUCUUUCCUUCUCUUCCUGCUAUCUCGCUCGUCUUCUCUUUGCUCUCUCAGUUGCCCUGACUGAAGCCUUGAUUUGCCAUGUCCGGAGCAAAUUUGGUGCCCGUUCGAAAGGUCUCCAUUGACCCUCACAAUGAGCUCAAUGUGCAGCAGGAUCAUUACAUCGGCGUCGACGUCGGCACCGGCAGUGCAAGAGCUUGCAUCAUGAACGCUCAAGGGGACAUUGUUGGUCUUGCGUCGCAUAACAUUGGACUUUGGCAGCCCCAGACGGGCUGGUAUGAACAAUCUACUACGGACAUCUGGCGAUGCAUCUGCUCCUCCAUUAAGCAGGCCAUGGUGCAGCACAAUGUAGAUCCGACCUCAAUUCGGGGCAUUGGGUUUGACGCCACCUGCUCUCUUGCAGUCUUCGAUGCCGAGACUGAUGAGCCAAUGUGCGUGACAGGGCCUGACUUUGACAACCGCGACGGGAACGACCGCAACGUGGUAUUGUGGCUGGACCACCGACCUGUCGAAGAGACCAAAAAAAUCAAUGCCACGAACCACAACUUGCUUCGCUACGUUGGUGGCAAGAUGAGCAUCGAGAUGGAGAUUCCAAAAGUGCUCUGGCUGAAGAACAACAUGCCCAAGGAGAAGUUUGACAGGUGCAAGUUUUACGACUUGGUGGACGCUUUGACGCAUCUUGCUACUGGCAACGAAACACGAAGCUUCUGCUCCGUUGUGUGCAAGCAAGGUUACAUACCCGUCGGGGUAGAUGGCAGCGUCAAGGGCUGGCAAGAGGAUUUCCUCAACGAAAUCGGUUUACCGGAGUUAUGCGAGGACAACUUCAAACGCCUCGGAGGGGUGAACGGUGUAAACGGCCACUAUCUUACUGCUGGCGAGCCCGUUGGAGUGCUUUCCGAAAAGGCUGCUGCCGAGAUGGGCCUCCCGCCUGGUAUUGCAAUCGGUUCCGGCGUGAUCGACGCCUAUGCCGGGUGGAUUGGGACCGUUGGUGCUAAGGUGAAACUUUCGUCUGAUGAGCUUGACAGCGAGGUCCCUAAGAACGACCUUGCCCAGGCGAAGACGCGGCUUGCUGCCGUAGCCGGCACGUCCACUUGCCACCUCGCCAUGAGCGACAAGCCCAUUUUCGUUAAAGGUGUCUGGGGUCCCUAUCGCGAUGUUCUAAUUCCCGACAUGUGGAUGGCAGAAGGUGGACAGUCGGCCACAGGCGAGCUGCUCAAGCAUGUCAUUGAGACGCACCCAGCGCACCAGGAGGCUCUCACCAUCGCUGAGACCUUCAACGCAAAUAUCUAUGACUACCUCAACAGCCACCUGCGAGAAAUGGCGGAGCUGCAGAACGCGCCGAUGAACAGUGUGGCGUGGCUUGGACGACACUUCUUCUUCUACGGAGACCUUUUCGGAAAUCGAUCGCCGAUCGCUGAUCCGGAGAUGAAGGGUAGCGUUGUCGGCCUCAGCAGCGACAAGAGUAUAGACGGACUUGCGUUGUACUAUUAUGGCACGCUUGAAUCGAUUGCACUGCAAACGAGGCAGAUCAUCGAGCGUAUGAAUGAAUCCGGGCACCAGAUCUCGAGCAUCUUUAUGUCAGGCUCUCAGUGCCAAAAUGACAUCCUUAUGUCCUUGAUUGCUUCUGCAUGCAAUGUACCGGUGCUCGUACCGCGUUACGUGCAUGCGGCCGUUGUGCAUGGCGCAGCUAUGCUUGGCGCAAAAGCAGCGAGCCAUGAGGGUGGCGGCAAGGGCGAAGCACUGUGGGACAUCAUGGACCGACUUAGCAAGCCUGGUCGGACCGUUCAUCCAACCAAAGACGAGGGCGAGAAGAAGUUGCUAGAUGCAAAGUACAAGGUAUUCCUGCAGCAGUGUGAGGAUCAGCAGAGGUGGCGGAAGUCUAUUAAUGAAGCAAUCAGUGGCUGGGGUAAAUGAAAGCGAAAAUUACGCCAAUCUUGGUCUUUAUCAUAGCCACCGGAGCCAAAGUAGAGAGUAGUGUUCAGAGCACGCGUGUAUGCAUGGGGUAUCAUCGACAAUACAUAGACCUACGGACCAAAAUUACUUGCAAAAGGACCGCUAAAAUGCAAUGAUUUUGAGGACAUGCACUUUAAUCUCCUUCGUCACUACCCC